GCAGAACCUGACCAACCAUGGUGAAUCUGGGCCUGUCCCGUGUGGAUGACGCCGUGGCCGCUAGGCACCCGGCCAGGUCAUGGCUAAAGGAGAAGCAGGAGGGAAGGAGGAAAGAGAACUGAGCCACGAACACCUUCCCCGCCCCCUAAUCCCAGGGACUCGAGGAAUAUGCUGCCUGCCAGUCGAACGCCUUCAUGAAGGGCGUUUUCACUUUUGUCACAGGCGGCGCCAAGUCAUCCUGCCUGCAGGUGCAGCAGGAACCCUGACCAGCACGUUGCUUGGCUCUUGGCAGGCGCUGGUGCGACUUUUGGCCUGCAGAUGUUCAUUAAGAGGAAGUUUCCAUACCCUGUGCAGUGGAGCUUCCUGGUGUCUGCCAGUGAGUACGCCACGGUGGGUGCCUAGGCCCCGAAAUGCAUCCAUUACCAGAGACUCUACAGGUUGCAGGAUCUGUGGCCAGCUACAGAGUGACAAGUAUGGAGUGUCAGAAAUGCAGCCGUCUCUGGCUCUUCCUGGAGACCGGGCAACUCCCCAAAGACAUGAGCACUGAACAAUGUCGGGCGCUCCAGAUCCAGGGCGUGAAGGAGAAGACAGCACAGAACAAAGCUACAAUGGGCCUCCUGCGCAGCAACCUCCGCCGAGGAGCCCAAGACUGGGCUUUGGCUAAGAAGCAUGAUCAAUGGACCAUCUCCAAGGCCUGCGGGAAGGAUACGUCCAUGAGGCUGGCACACUGCCGCAGUACUAUGGAGGUGGCUCGGGAGAAGCUGCGCAAGUACGUCUUUGACCGCGUGAAUACACACAACAUACUGAUCCACCUGGUUCGGCGACGCGGACAGAAGCUGGAGAGCUUGCAACUGGAGCUGACCAGCUUACGGAACCAACCGGAUGCUACUAAGGACGAACUGCGGCAGCUUCAGAUUAUCCGCCAACUGGAGAACAACAUUGAAAAGACCACGAUCAAGAUCACCACCAGCCAGAACAUCCACACGCUGUACAAAGUGCUGCUGGAUUACCUCAAGAAGGUGCUGGCAGAGUACCCCACAGAACUAGACAAGCUCCAGAACCUGGUGGCCAACUACUGCUCAGAGCUGUCAGACAUGACAGUCAUGUCCCAAGAUGCCAUGAUGAUUACUGAUGAGGUCAAGAGGAACAUGAGGCAGGGGGAGGCAACCUUCAUUGAGGAGCGGCGCGCCCGGGAGAACCGACUGAACCAGCAGAAGAAGCUCAUAGACAAGAUUCACACCAAGGAGACCAGCGAGAAGUACCGCCGUGGCCGGAGGGACUUGGAUUUCCCCUCCAAUCUGAUGACUAUGGAAAGCGUAAAGGUGAAGAAGAGAGAAGCCUCCGUAGCAGACAUACAGUACCAGACGAAAGUGACUGCUUUGGUAGAGAAGGUCAAAUCCGCCGUGCAGUGCUCCCACCUCUGGGACAUAGCCGGCCGCUUCCUAGCUCAGAAAAAUACAGAGGAGAACCUGGAGCUACAGAUGGAGGACUGUGAGGAGCGGCGGACACAGUUAGAGGCCCUGAUGAAGAAGCUAGAACUCGAGGAGGCCGUGCUCAAGUUCCACCAGACUCCCAGCACUGCUGGCUUUAGCUCUAUCCAGAAGAAGAUGAAGAACAUGCUAGAAGAGGAAGAAGCAAGGCUCAAGCAGGCCCAAAACAACAUGAACAAGAGCCAGCAGCUGCUGCUGGUCAUCCAGACAGGUAUUGACAACCUCUACAUCCGGCUCAUCGGCAUCACCUUGCCAACCUUCCAGGUAUCAGCCCUGGGGAGGAGAUGCUGUGUGCAGGGUCCCUGUGUGGGACCACAGGAAAAACUGGCUGUCCCUCUGACCUGCAGAGAGAAACAGCGGUCUCUGACACUCUGGAUGUGUACGGCAAGCUGGACUACUGUGAGGGGAAGCUCAUCUACCUGGCUGAGCGCAUGCAAGCGUUGUCCAGAAAUGAGGAGGUAACCCUGGGCCAUGGAGAGGUCCCCACAAAGCCCAUGUGCUCUCCAAGCUGAUAAUGGGUGCUGUCCUGCAGAUUGACACAAAGGUGAGGGACGCCUUGGAGUCAUCAACUCUAAAGGAGAAACAUAAUACCAGAAUUACCUUUGAGGACCGAGAGGAGGACAUGAUAGGUGAGGCUCUAGAUGCCGGCCACAGGAAGAUGGAGAAGGAUGGACAAUAGCUACAGCUAGAUAGGGUCUGAACUCAAGACAAGAGAUGGCAUACAUCGUGACUGGGUGCUGAAGGAAAAGGUUUUAAUCGAUAGACGUGAAAGAGGAUUCUUUUUCUGAGACAAAAGGGGCGUAUAUCGUGGGAUGGGCCAGAAGGGAGCCCAGACCAAACUUUUAGAAGGAUUUCUGCCACGGAGGCAAGGUGGGGCGAAAGGAUAAGGACAGCUAGUGUCAAUAAUCUUGGUAAAUCCUAGUUGUCUGGCACCUGGCCUUAGGUGACUUUGGGCAGGGGUCUCCAGUCUUUGAUACAUCUCUGAAAUGAGCUCCAGACACAGGAGAUGGCCCACGGCAGCAAACGCCAACCGUUAGAGGUGGGAGGCCUCUGGAAAGAGGGGGGCAGCCACUCCUCCUCUUGCCUGUUCAGAAACCUUCCAGUUUGCGGAUGUGGACCAUAGCUACGUCCCUUCGCGGGCGGAGAUAAAGAAACAGGCCCAGCGGCUGAUCGAGGCGAAGCUCAAGGGAGCCAAAAAGAAGAAAAAGUAAACCUGUCCGGGCUGUAGUACACAAAUAAACAUUUUUCCAGAACUACACUAG